AUGUCCCCAUAUCAGUUGGUGUAUGGUAAGGCUUGUCACCUGCCACUAGAGCUUGAACACAAGGCUUUCUGGGCUCUCAAGUUAUUGAACUUCGAUAGCAAAGCUGCUGGUGAGAAGAGGCUCUUGCAACUGCAAGAAUGGGAUGAAUUCAGGUUCCAAGCUUAUGAAAAUGCCAAGAUAUACAAGGAAAAAACAAAGGAAAAGCAUGACUCCAAGAUCGCGCCAAGAAGAUUUGAGAAAGGACAGAAAGUGCUACUUUAUAACUCCAAACUGAAACUGUUCCCUGGAAAAUUGAGAUCAAGGUGGUCAGGACCUUUUCUUGUCACCAUGGUCUCUCCUGAUGGACAUAUAGAAAUCAUGGAAGAAAAGUCACAGGAGACCUUCAUUGUUAAUGGACAAAGUCUGAAGCACUAUUUGGGUGAUAUGAAGGAAAGGCCUAAGACAAAAUACAGACUCGACUAA